CGCCUUCGCCGAGGCCCGCCGCUGGGUGGAGACAGUUACUGGGAAAAGCUUUGGAACCAAAGACUUCCGAGCAGCUCUAGAAAAUGGAGUCCUGUUGUGUGAUUUGAUUAACAAGAUCAAGCCUGGCAUCAUUAAGAAGAUCAAUCGCCUAUCAACUCCAAUAGCUGGCUUGGACAACGUGAACGUGUUCCUGCGAGCCUGCGAGAACAUCGGGCUGAAGGAAGCUCAGCUCUUCCACCCGGGGGACCUUCAGGACUUGUCCAGUCGAGUGACAGUCAAACCAGAGGAAACUGACAGAAGAGUGAAAAAUGUUCUGAUUACGUUGUACUGGCUGGGUAGAAAAGCACAAAGUAACCCUCAUUAUAAUGGUCCAUACCUCAAUCUUAAAGCAUUUGAGAAGCUACUAGGGCAAGCAUUGACAAAGGCGCUCGAGGAGUCCGGCCAGCUGAGCAGGAGCGGCAGGGACAGCGGCUACGGCGACGUCUGGUACCUCGAGCGCGGCGAGCCCUUCCCAGCCUCGGCCAGCCACAAAAGGGAGGACUCCUUUGACAGCUUGGACUCCUUCGGCUCCAGAUCCUCCACGAGCUUCUCCUCAGAUAUCACCUUGAAAGGUGGCAGCGAAGGCUGUGAAAGCGACCCGGACUCGGAAGUGCCUUGCAAAAUGCACGACUCCCACAAAGACGACCGGUCCUACCGCAGGAUCGCGGUGAUCGAGCCCAAACCCACGGCCGACUUCAAUCGCUUCCUGCCCACCAAGAACAAGCAGGCAGCGUACGUGCCCGCGCCCUUGCGCAAGCGGAGGACGGACAAGAACGAGGACAACAGGAGGAGCUGGGCCAGUCCCGUCUACACCGAGUCCGACGGCACCUUCUCAAGUGGCCCUCCAAGGAGUCCUCCAGCUUCCCGCCAAAGCAGCGGAGCCGAGAGCGGCCUCGCGCACCCGCCUCCCCUCCGGCUGCCCGGUGACAGUGACAGCGACUCGGAGCCUGAAGAGGACCGGCCGCUGCCCGACCUGCUUCGGGAUGACUUGGCGAAUCGCAGAUUCCUGGGCCCGAGGGGCCCGGCGAGCCCGGCCGCGGCCGGGCGGCGUUGCGUGCCGGCACCGCGGCCGAGCAGCCCGCCUGCUCCGGCAGCUGCGGGGCCGCAGCCGCUGAGUAACCAGAGGAGUCAGAGGCAGUUGGAUGCUAAAGUGGAAAGCAAGCCAAGAGCUAACAUUCCUUCACAGUUCUCCGGGUACUUUGAUGAGGACGAGGAAGACUCCACAGGCGUCCCAAACAUUGAGAAGGAUGAUCUCUAUUUCCGCAAGCUGAGCUCGUCGGCACCAAGCACAGUGGUUUCUUUUGACAAAUUUCUCCCUAAGUUUUGGACUCCAGAAGAGGAACUGAUGUGGAAAAAAAUCAGGAAAUCCUCUUUCAAACCCUGGUAUAAAGAGAUUCAAGGGUUCAGUAGAAAGAAAUCAGAUUCUGAGGAUGAGGAUUUUGCUUGUAAACCCAGCUCUGCCCUUGGUCGUCAACCAAGACCAGGCUUUGAGUGGAGCAGCAGUUGCAGGAGGGAUCAAACCUCUAAGGCCACGGCUGAAUACRUGGGAAAUCCCUUGUCCCAGAUUGUGGAAGACAGGAUCCUGGAGGAUGCUGAUGCGCCCAGUCAGUUUGCGUUACUUCAGGCGCUGCAGAGAUACACGGACUACUUGUCUUCCGAAGCAAAGACCAAAGUUGAUCCUGCUUCCGGCCCUAGGCUGGUAAAAUGUAGAAGGAAUAUUUCCUUUAUACCGGGAUGCAAGCAGGGAGAUGAGGAAAAUGGGUAUCUGUAUCCAGAUUUAGAAAACGAUGACCUGUUUGUUCGGAAAACGGGGGCGUUCCACAUGAAUCAUGUUGUUCUCCAAGACCCCGAGUAUUUUAAAAAGUUCUCCGAGGAGGAGCCUCCCCUGGAGGGGGAAAUCGUCCUGCAGCCUCGGGAAGGCCAACCUGUGAUUCCCGACUUGGAAAAAGACGACAUGAUUUUCCGGAAAAUCCUCUCUCAGAGAAAAGAGGUGCCUCUGUCGGGCGCUCCGGACAGGUAUCACGCUGCCCUCUUCCCGGACCCGUGGAGCCUGCCGGAGGACGUCCGCUCCAAGUUCCUGUGCCUGCUGGAGAGAGGCGCCGCGGCGGAGAACAGGCGGAGCGCCGGCCGCGUGCUGUCGCCCUCCUCCCGCCACGAGAAGGACGACAUGCUCACGCGCAAGAUGGGGGCCUGCAAGGCGGGAAGCGGCGUGCAGCCCGCGCGGUUUAUCCCGGGGCCCUGCAGCGAGGACGACUGGAGGAAGUGGGAGGCCAUCAGGGAGGCCAGCCGAGCGAGGCACAGGAAGCGGCAGCUGGUGGAGAGACUGUUUCAAAAGCUUUCUGAUGAGCAAGGGAGCAAGUCCCUGAACGACGUCAGCGCGGAGGAGCUGCAGUCGCUGCGCAAAAUCCGUUACGAAGAGCUGCAGAAGAUAAAGAGGCAGCUGCAAGAGCAAGACCUGCAGUGGCAAGAAGAUCUAGCAAAAUGGAAGAAUCGUAGGAAGAGCUUCACUUCUGAAUUGCAAAAGAAGAAGGAGGAGAGAGAAGAAAUACAGCGGCGAGCCUCUGAGGUUUCUGGAAGAAGUAGCAAGUCCCUGAAAGAAAUGCAGGAGGAGAGGGAGCACCGAGACGAAGGAACAUACGGGCAGGCGAAGCUGGACCGCCGGUGGACCUACUCGCUCAACGACGACGUGUUCGGGGAGGAGAAAGGCCCUUCCGAGGAGCCGGCGGCGCAGGAUGCCCCCUCAGGGAGCGAGGCCUCCCGUGGCGCCGGGGCGAGGCGGGCGCCGCAGCGCGCGCCCGGCGCCGGGGACGAGGCGGCCGCCACGCGGCCCGCGCCCCGCGAGCAGCGCCCGCCGCCUUUGUCCGCCCAAAGUGGGUCAGCUCCGGUUUCAGCCUCCCUCCCGAGAAGCUACCAGAAAACCGACACCUCCAGGUUAACGUCGGUGGUGACGCCGAGGCCUUUCGGGGUGCACUCGAGAGGCAUCUCGUCGCUUCCCCGCUCCUUCACGAUGGAUGAUACCCAGAAAUAUAAUGGAGAAGUGGAGAAAACUAAGCGAACGCAGACGUUGUUCAGCAGCAGUUCAUUUUCACAACCAGACUCUGCACACCCUAUUUCCACAACUGCACUCGGAGGCAGAGGUGAGGAGGAGGAGAAAGGAGGUGUUAACACAGCAGCUGCUCCUGUACCUGUUAAAUCCCAAGACCAGGAGACUGGAAGCUAUAUUCUUAAAUCGGAUUGUUGCUCUCCUCCUGAUUCUGUUUCASUUGCAUCUCCCGCAGUAAAUGCGAGUCUGCCAGAGCCUGAGCCUUCAAAAACCCAGGAGCAGUACAGUGAAAUGAGAAUCAGUAUAAACCAGAGACCUGGCCACAGUCACAACUUAGGGUUUACAACAAACUGGAGCUCUUCGGGGGCCUUUGUACAGACAGUUGAAGAAGGUAGCCCUGCAGCACUAGGGCAGCUGCAUGUAGGCGAUGAGAUCGUUGCUAUCAAUGGCACCAAGGUUUCACAUAUGGACUCUGGUCAGUGGGAAGAAGCCAUCGCCAGAGCUCUAGAAACUGGAAACCUGCUCAUGGAUGUCAGACGAUACGGGAGGAGCGAUUGGGGCGCAGACCAGCCUUCCCUGCCACAUGUAAAGCAUAAAAUCCUCAAUCUCACCAGUAUGGCUACCAACAUUAUAGGUGCAUCCGAAAAUAAAUGGGUUGAUGCAACUUCUGGAGAACAAGUUUCAAGCACUUCAACYGUCUCCCCCAAAAGAGACUUCUCCAGCAGCCGUCAGAGUCCUGAUGCAGAAGCCAAAUUGAUCAAUGGGAUGCAAGGGGAUCUUGGCUCCACGGACCAGCGAGCAGCUGAACCCAUUUCUUUGAAAAACUUAAAAAGGCGGUCACAGUUUUUUGAGCAAGGAGGCCCAGAGACUGCAAUGCCUGAUCUCCCAGUCCCAACCAUUAGCGCCCCUACUCGCCGGGUUUGGGAUCAAGAAGAAGAACGAAAACGACAGGAAAAAUGGCAGAAGGAGCAGGAGCGUUUGCUGCAGGAGAAAUACCAACGGGAACAGGAGAAACUGAGGGAAGAAUGGCUACGAGCUAAGCAGGAAGCAGAAAAGGAGAGUUCCAAAUAUCUAGAUGAGGAGCAGACGGUCCUGACGGCAGAGCCCGCGUCCCUCCCUGCACGGGCGUCCGGCUGGAGCGCUCCCGACGAGCGGGACACGAGCGGAGGGAGGCAGCCCGCGGCAGCCCCGCAGGAGCAGCACCCAGAGGAGCUCCAGGAGGCCGAGCAGAGCCAGGAAGAAGCAGCUCUCCGCUGGCAGCAGGAACGGGAGCUCCAGGAGCGGGAGCUGGAGAGGCAGCGGGAAGAGCAGGAGCAGCAGCGGGCGGAGGAGCGGAGGCAGCGCCAGGAGAGGCAGAGGGAAGCGGCGGCCGAGCCGCCUCGCUACCAAAGACAUUAUGAACGCUAUGAAGCAUCUAAAACAAUAGAGGAUCGACCUGGCCAUCCCCUUGUUGACAGGCAUUAUGAGCGCUACGAGGUUUCCAAAACCAUCGAGGAGCGGCCUGAUCAGUCAUUUGCUGACAGGAAUAAGUCCAAGUCAACUUCAGAACUGGAUGAAGUCACAACAAACAAGAAUGGUACCCACAGCAAGCACUCGGAAAGGUCUUGGAAUACCAGCGAGUCACAGAAGGGGUCUCAGAAGGAGCACGUCCUGUCUGCAGCAGAGCUGGAGAGACAGCAAAUCCUGCAGGAAAUGAGAAAGAAAACAUCUCUGCAUACGGACAGCAGCUGGAUUAGGCAGCGCAGUGCCAGUGUGCAUAAGGAGCCCAUCAGUCUGUACGGCAACAGCAUGAGGAGGGGCGAGUCCUUGGACAACCUCGAUUCCUCAAGAACAAGCUCCUGGAGACCUCACUCGUGGAUGAAUCAGUCCGUGUCCUCCUCCUCCUCCUCUCUGUCAUCUAGUCAGGACUUCAGUCGCCCAGUGUCCACGUCGAACCGGGCCUACAUGCGCACUCCUUCCUCCAGCAAAGCACCUCCGCCCGCCAGCCCCGCCAGAGCCCCCGCUCUGUCCCAAAGUGCCCCCCGGGCCCCCUCACCCAGCUCUGCCUCGCAGCCCGGGUCGCAGACGCACAGCAGGUCGGUCAGCGGGAAGAAAAUCUGCUCGUACUGUAAUAACGUUCUGGGCAAAGGAGCAGCCAUGAUCAUAGAGUCGCUGGCUCUCUGUUACCAUUUGCAUUGCUUUAAGUGCGUCGCCUGCGGAUGCGACCUYGGAGGAUCCCGCUCCGGAGCCGAAGUCAGAAUCCGAAACAACGAGCUCUUCUGCAAUGAUUGCUAUCUCCGAUUCAAAGCCGCUGGACAUCCAACCUCCAUGUGAAGCAAAUGUAGAUAUGAAACCACUGUUGCAGAUAGAAGAAG